AUGAGUACGGAUGCUAUUGAGGCAUGGAAAUGUCAUCAGCUACGAGCUGUGAAUCAGGAUCUGUCAAGCCAAGAACUGCUGCAGGAUCUGCCUGCCAAUUCAGUUUAUAUUCUAACAGAUUGGGCGAUGAAAUGGCUUCCGGAAAAAUACAUGAAGCCACAGGAAGACUUUUUCGCCAAGCGAGGUUUAUCAUGGCAUAUUAGUGUGGUGGUGAAGAAAGUAACUAGUACUACUACAAAAAGCACACAUCCAAAGAAUACUACGGGUAAUGAUGAAAGUGAGAAUGAAGAAACUAGUGACGAAGAGGCCGAGGAAGAAGAAAUGUCUGCACAAAAUAGUUAUACUCAUACAGUUUAUGUUCAUGCUAUGGAUCAUUGUGUUCAGGAUAAUGAAUCUGUCGUUGCCAUUCUUCAAGAUGUAUUGACACGUGUUAAAGCAGAUGAUCCAUCGAUAGAAUAUGCGUACUGUCGUGCAGAUAACGCAGGAUGUUACCAUUCUGCCGGUACAAUCCUGUUGUUACCAAUGAUAUCUGAAAAAACUAAAAUCAAAAUAUUCUCUUAA